AAAUUACUUGAAAAAUUCAAGGCAAUGGUCUUUUUGGUCUCAGCAGCACUUGUUACUUUUUCUUCAAAUUACUUUAUCAAUCUUUUUGAGUCUUAUCACAGUGAGCUAAAAACAAAAAUUUCAGUUCAGUAUAGUCUUAUUGGCAAGUUUUUAUCAGAUAUGCUAUAA